UAUCGGUGCAGUUUCAAUGUAACCCUUCGAUGUUUCCGGUUUAUACAUCCAUGGAGGAGACUAAACUGUCAUGAUGCUUACUGUUGCAGUUGUUUUUCAGCUCUUGAAUUAAUGUUGUACGUGUGAAUUUGAUGUAUAUAUAGUUACGUUUGUGUUUUUAUUCAUAACGUUAAGUUACGUUUGAUCCACGCGCUUAUUUUGCGGUUAGCAGGGCUGGACGUUAAAGGUAACCUUGGCGUGUGUGACUAGUUUUUGUACCUGGGGCCAGUUAACAGUAAAACUACGGAUACAUACAACAUGUCGGGUGUCUGUCACGGUUUGAGCUCUUUCUCAGUCAAGUUCCUGUCAGAAGCUACACUUUUGUCACCUUGCCCAUGGUUUGUGUCUGCACGCAGCAAAUUUACCAAAGCAAGAAUCCCAAAAGAGCUUUUUGCAGAGAGAUCAAAAGAACAUGAGAAAUAUGGGGGAGAUCCAGACCAACCUCAUAAACUGCAUAUAGUGACACGAGUCAAAAGUACGAUGCGCAGACCGUACUGGGAGAAAGAGAUGGUGAAACAUCUUGGGCUUGAGAAGGCACAUGUACCUGUAAUUCACAAAAAUACACCUGCAGUCAAUAGCCAACUGAAAUUCGUCAAGCAUCUUGUCAGGAUCCAGCCCCUGAGGACGCCCUAUGGACUCCCUGCUGAACAGGACAUGGGUGACACCUACAUUAACAGCAAAGGAGAGUUGAUUGUUCGUCGCCUCCUCCAACCUGUAGACCCCAAGGCUAUCGAGUCUUAGCUCUGCUUCCAAUCAUAUCAAUUCAUAGUUCAAUUGUUCAUAAACAUCAUUAAAAAAAUCUUGUGCUCCAUA